CAUAUUUCCAUUUCCCUCACGCGCUUCUUGGUGGGACCCGUGAGAGGUCAUAGGCGGUUGGCGAGUCAAUUUGUACGGGGAGGACCGCAGGGAAAAAUCGAACAGGAAGCGAUCCAACUGUUCGCUGAAAUUCCACAGAGAACCAAACCGAAGAGCAAAUCAAGGGCCGCGCCCACAACGAGAACACGGAUGGCUUCGGAGAGAUGCUGCCUCUUCCUCGAGAUCCUCGUCGCCAUUCUUCUUCCCCCGCUCGGCGUCUUCCUCCGCCACGGCUGCUGCAGCCUGGAGUUCUGCAUCUGCUUGCUGCUAACCAUCUUCGGCUACGUCCCCGGGAUCAUCUACGCCAUCUACGUUAUCGUCGCCGUCGAUCGCGACCGCUAUCGGAGGGACGACUACUACUAUCCAGUCGUCGCUUAGCUCGAGAGGGGUUCGCCUCUGGACUCUUCUCUGCACGUCAAUUAAUCAAAUUGGGAGAAGCACAGUUUUCAAGUGAGCAAAGCCACCAGGCACGAGCAAAUUACUUGAGGCAAGUCGCAACAGAGGCAACACAUGAAAACGAGGAGCAAGAGGUUGGCUAUGAAAGUAUAGGAAAUCUAUGAUUAGUUGGGAAGGGUUUGAAGGUUAUGGUGAGGUUUGAAUAAUAUGUGGGCUCUUACUUUCUUUGAGGAAUAUCUUUUAGAUGAAAAAUGCUUUAUUUAAAUUUCGAAAGAUGUGGGAUACUUGUUAUAGCUUAUCAUAGAAAGUGGACUGAUAACUAGGUAAAAUUCGAUAGUAGAUUAGGAAUUGAGAUUUGAGGAGUAUAUGGGGUAAUUCAAAUUGAGAGGGUUGCAAAAAUCACUUGAAAUUCAAGUGAGGCGACCAAGCAAUUACAUUGAAUUUUAAAUAUUGGAUAUGGAUAGGGUGGCAAUGUCAGGGACUAAUCAUGACUAUUAAGAUGCUUUUCGGAGAUUGGGGAGGGGGGUGGCCUCCUCUCACCCCCCCCGGAUCCACCAUUGUUUAACACGAUCACCAGCUGUAAGAUUUUGUCUCUUCUUGCCCCCUUUU